CGCCCCCGCCGCCUCGGCAACACACCGACUAAUCCUAUUGGUCAACUGGAAUCACGUGUCAUGCGUCAGCUUAUCCCACGCUGCUGAUUGUCUCUACAGCGGCAGCAUAGCGGUUGGUUGCAUCUUCGUCGCUGAACUGUCCACCUGGAGCAGCAUUUCUCUGUCUCAGAUUGACCAACACUGCAAACCUGAAGCACCAUUUCUUAGCAGCUAUGCCUCCUCCAAUUCGUCAUCGCUCCAUGCGCAUCUUUGUCAAUGAUGAUCGCCACGUCAUGGCCAGGCACUCGACCAUCUAUCCCACCCAAGAAGAGCUGGAGGGAGUGCAGAACAUGGUGUCCCACACUGAACGAGCUCUUAAGGGUGUCUCUGAUUGGCUGGACGAGCAAGAGAAGGGAACCGCCAAAGCAAACACCUUGGAGACGGAAGGAGAAAAGGAGACAGAGCCCAAGCCUGGGGACCAGCUCACACGAUCUCUGCGCGGGGUAAUGCGCGUUGGGCUGGUCGCUAAAGGUCUUCUGCUGAAGGGAGAUCUGGACCUGGAGCUCGUGCUGUUGUGCAAAGACAAACCCACCAUCACCUUGCUGAAGAAGGUUGCAGAGAAUCUAGCUGAGCAACUUAAGGUCAUCACCGAAGAGAAAUAUGAAGUCAAGCCUUUUGUCCGCGAGGCCACCAUUGUCAUCAAAAACUCCAAAGAGCGACCUUUGACUUUGACCAUUCACCUGACGUCACCCCUCGUGAGGGAGGAGGUGGAGAAGCAAGCAGCUGGAGAAACGCUAUCAGUCAACGAUCCCCCGGAUGUUCUGGACAGGCAGAAAUGCCUGGCUGCAUUGGCGUCUCUCCGCCACGCCAAGUGGUUCCAGGCCAGGGCUAAUGGACUCCGAUCCUGUGUGAUCGUCAUCCGCAUCUUUAGGGAUUUGUGUGCUCGUGUUUCCACCUGGGCCCCUCUCACUGGAUGGCCAUUAGAACUGCUGUGCGAGAAAGCGAUUGGCACCGGGAACCGACCAAUGGGAGCGGGAGAAGCCCUCCGCAGAGUUCUAGAGUGUCUUGGAUCUGGAAUCCUCUUGCCAGGUGGUCCAGGCAUCUGUGACCCAUGCGAAAAGGAACCAACUGAUGCCAUUAGUCACAUGAACACCCAGCAACGAGAGGACAUUACACAAAGUGCUCAGCAUGCCUUGAGGCUUUCUGCUUUUGGACAGCUGCACAAAGUACUUGGUAUGGACCCGCUCCCCUCAAAGAUGCCCAGAAAACCAAGAAGUGAAACUAUUAUAGACUACACAGUUCAGAUCCCACCCAGCGCGACCUAUGUACCCCCACUGAAACGCCCUAUAGAGGAGGAGACAACAGACGAGAAGAAUCCGAAUAAGAAGAAAAAGAAGUUACAGAAGAAAUCUACGGACGAUAAGGCCGAACCUUCACAGGCAAUGAAUGCUCUGAUGCGACUGAACCAGCUGAAGCCAGGGCUUCAGUAUAAACUCAUCUCUCAGACCGGUCCGGUUCACGUGCCGGUGUUCACCAUGGCUGUGGAGGUGGAUGGAAAGACUUUUGAAGCCUCAGGUCCCUCCAAACGUGCAGCGAAGCUACAUGUGGCUGUCAAAGUCUUGCAAGAUAUGGGUCUGCCUACUGGAGUGGAGCAGAAGGUUGCUGAAAUAACAGUGAAACAAGAGGAGCCACUGGUGACCCCACAGGAGACCGUGCCACCACCAAUGGCACAAAUGGAACCAGAGCCAGCACCCACCAACACGGACAACAUGAAUGACGAGAACUCUCGACAGCAGGGCCCUAUCCUCACCAAACAUGGAAAGAAUCCGGUGAUGGAGUUAAAUGAGAAACGCAGAGGACUGAAGUACGAGCUUAUUUCUGAAACAGGCGGAAGUCAUGACAAGCGCUUCGUCAUGGAGGUGGAGAUCGAUGGAGAGAAGUUUCAGGGUACCGGUUCUAAUAAAAAGGUGGCGAAGGCUUACGCGGCAUUGGCAGCCCUGGAGAAGCUCUUCCCAGAAGGCUCAAAUGUGGACGCAAACAAGAAAAAGAAAAUGGCUUCAAUGCAUCCCACUGGAUUUAUGAUGAGUGGGCCACCUGGUGACCUGGCAGCCAAUCCUAGAGGCAGAGGAAGAGGGCGUGGAAGGGGGCGAGGUAGAGGAUUUAACAACGGUGGAGGAUUUAAUCAAGGUGGAUAUGGAUCAUAUGGCUAUGGGAGCAAUGCUAACUCUGGCUACAAUUUCUACAAUAACGAGGGAUCAAACGGUGGUUCGGUGGCCUCGGGUCCUGGACCUGCCGGACCAGUCGCAAACACUACUGGAGGAUCAUCAGGACCUCCUGGCUUCGGUUCCUAUUACCAAAAUGAAGGAGGCUACACAGCCCCUGCUCCAGCACCCAAAGUAACUCCCAAAAAGCCACCUAUGCUCCAAAACACAAAGCCUCAAGGGACCGGAGCAGGUCAGGGUUCAGGCUUCGGUCAAUACGGCCAGGGCUUCGUACCGCCCAAGAAAAACUUCGGCCAACCUCAAGGCGGAGGUGGAAACUUCAACUACAGCACUGCUUAUCCGUCCCAGGUGACCGGAGGGCAAGACUACGGCUAUGAAGGUUACAACAACCAAGCAAACUACAACUCACCUCAACCGCAGCAGCAGCAGGGUGGAGCCAACCAAAACCAGAAUUUUGGUGGUAACACUUCCUACAACAGUGGACCAGUUGGAUACGGUCGAGGAGAUCCCAAUAUGAACUACCAGUACAGAUAAACAGACCAUACUUUGUGUGCUCUGCCCUUAUUCCGCUUUCAUUGUAGAGUUCCCAAUCUUAGGCUUUGAUCACCAUCAGACCACCUUGGACUUUAAAUGGCAGUGUCUUUAGACUUUGUGCAGAAUAAUGUAUUUCUAUGUUUCUUUAAGUUGUAUUCCUUAUGGGUUCUUGAAAUCUGUGAACUUUCCCAAACUGCUGUCCGAAGCUUAGCAUGUGAAGACCUGAUGUUAGUUAUUACGCAGUGGCAUCCAGAUAUGAUUUUAACCAUUCGGAAAUGUAAAAAUAUAAGAUGCGUUAAGUUGUAAAUCUUUUGUUUUAUCUUGUUUUUUUCCUUCCUCCAGUUGACCAGCAACAUUUCUUGACCUUGCCUGUGAUUGUUGACUUUUUUUUUUAGAAUGCACAUGUGAUAUGUUUUAAGUGCUUUUGUGAAUGUAAAGGUUGUGACGUGUCAGGUCGGUGUAUCAUUUGGCAUUUUUGGGACGGGGGACCUUUUUAUGUUCUGAACAAUGUGGAGAAGAAUGUGUGGUGUUUGUAAUAAAGGAUUUUAUUUUGGAGGA